AUGAAACACACCAUAUCCUUAUUCCAGCUUAAACAAUGAGAAAAUUAUUGCUUUGCUCCAGGUUAUUUCAAAGGGGCUUUUUGCUUCCACCAUAUAUUCUCUGGCAAGUCACCAUUGCACAUUUCUUUUUUCUCCGCUCUUCCGCGUACUUGCUUGCCAUCAGAUUGUUUCGUAUGUUGGCAUAGCAUGCACCUAACCCCUUUCAAUUAGUACUACAGCCACUACUUUUCUCUCUCCCUAACAUUUUUGCUAUAAAUACGACCAACUUCGCUUCUAUUCCAUACAGAACAGUAAGUUAGAGACACUAGAAAACCAAAACAAGGCUCUAUUUCUAAUAAUUAGGUCCUUAGUCAUGGCCACUUCUAAGGCUUUGAUUGCCUCACUUCUCAUCUCUCUUCUUAUUAUCCAACUGGUUGAAGCUGAUCAACUGGUGACAAGUGGCAGCAAGGGAACCAGCCCUCCAAAGAAAAUUGACUGUGGUGGAGCUUGUGCAGCCAGGUGCCGACUAGCAUCUAGGCAACGCCUAUGCAAGAGGGCAUGCGGGACAUGUUGCGCACGCUGCAACUGUGUUCCUCCAGGAACUGCAGGGAACCAAGAAAUGUGCCCCUGCUAUGCUAGCUUGACCACCCACGGUGGCAGACGCAAGUGCCCUUGAGUUGAUCAACUUGAAACGAAUCUCUCCUUUGAUGAUAAUGAGUUUUGGUGAAAUAAAUUAAUGCUUGGUGUGAGAAUAAAUAAAAAGAAUGUCCUAUAUAUGUAAAGCAAAAGUCAUUUAUGCAAUGACUUGUUUUCUUUCUUUCUUUCUUUCUUUUUUUUUUUAGCGUGAUAUUAAUAUGAUUAAUGAUUUGUUGUUUUAAAUUUGAAUAUAUAUAGUGAAAGAAUAAAGAAGUUUCUAUGGUUCUCUUUGCUUUAUGUUAGUAGUAUUUUUAAUGUUUCCACUGUACCUGUGCUGUCAAUGGUUUUUGGGAGGGUUAGCGGUUCAGGGGCAAUGAUCGGGGCCUGGGGCCUAUGCAUUCAGAUUUGAUAAUUGGUUUCAAAGGAUGAGUUGUAAAAAU